UAUAUAUAAUAACUGGUUUUCCAGGAAAUUACAACUUUGUGAUCACAAGUCCUAGAGAUUUGAACCACUGUGAUGUGCCAGGAAGUGGGAGGACACAAGGGGUGGGACUGUGCCCUUCUAAUCCUGGCCUCACAUGGAGGCAUUAGUGUUUCCCUGUUAGGUAGAUUCUGUGUGCAGCAUUUUUCAAGUCCCUUUGCUGUGCUCUGACCCUCCCCAACACUAAAUACUGGAGAUGCUGAACCAGGAGAUCUGGAUCUUGUGAGUAUAAAAGCCAGUAACGUGGAGAUAUUCAGUGCUAGCUGAAGGACACCGCUCUUCCUGCCUUUGAAUGAUCACCAUGGCGGACUCCCCUUGAAGACACAUUUGUGAAAGUUACUACUAAGGAAAGUCUGGAGGUUCUGCUGCCCAUGCUGACACUACAGGCAUGGCAUCUGCUGAUUUGAGAGACGAGCUGGACUGCUCCAUCUGUCUGCACACAUAUACAGAUCCUGUAAUGUUGAGAUGUGGACACAACUUCUGCCGGGUCUGUAUUGAUCGUGCACUGGAUACGCAGGACCAGUCCGGAGUUUAUACCUGUCCUGAAUGCAGAGAAGAGUUUCAGGAGCGGCCUGCACUGAUGAAGAACUUUGCUUUGUGUAAAAUAAUGGAGAAUUUACUAUUUACUCAACCAAGAGGGGCGGAAACCGGGAUCUGCUGCACUUACUGUGUGGACUGUCCUGUACCUGCUGUUAAAGGCUGUCUACACUGUGAAGCUUUUCUGUGUGAUAAACACCUAAGAGUUCACAGCAAGUCAUCAGAACACAUCUUAUCUGAACCCAGCACUUCUCUGGAGAGCAGGAAAUGUUCUGUCCAUAAGGAACUCUUAAAGUAUUACUGCACUGAGGACUAUGCUUGUAUCUGUGUGUCCUGCAGUUUGGUUGGAGAACACUGGGGACACAGAGUGGAAAUGCUGGAUGAGGCCUAUGAAAAGAAGAAGAAAAAAAUGAGAAAUGUUCUACAGAAAGUGACCAUUAAAAGGGAGGUGAUAGAAAAAAGAGCCCAGAGUCUGGAAAAACACAGGAGAAAAACAAAAGACAAAGCAGCUAAUUUAAAAGGAAGAGUCACUGCCCUGUUUACAGACAUCAGAAGACAACUGGACGACCUUGAAAACAGGGUCCUGAGCGAGAUCUCAAGGCAAGAAGAGCAGGUGUCACUCUCACUCUCUGCUCUGAGUCAGAAAAUGAAAAUCAAGAAGGAUGAGCUUUCCAGGAAGAUGAGACUCACUGAGGAGUUAUGUAACAUGACUGAUCCACUGACUGUGUUACAGGAACCACACACAGGUGACUUGUAUAAUACAGAGGAAGAGGAAUGUGAUGAGAACACAGGUGUCUAUGAUAAACCACUCCAUGAUGUAGAUGAUCUGAAUGUGGCUGUGGUCUCAGACACAUUACACACAUUAUGGGACAUAAUAACAGGAAUAAGGAGAGGGAUCUAUGUGGAAGAUCCUGCAGACAUAUUACUAGAUGUUAAUACAGCUGGUAAUUAUAUCCUUAUAUCAGACGACCUGAAAACUGCAUCCAGAACCCUAAUAAACCAGAAUCGCCCAGAAACAGCAGAAAGAUUCCAGUAUAAUCAAGUUUUAAGCAGCAAGACUUUUUCUUCAGGGCGACAUCACUGGGAUGUGGACAUCAGUGAAGCAGGGAGUUGGAGGGUGGGGAUGUGUUAUCCCAGUAUGGACAAAAGGGGACUUCAGUCAUAUAUUGGAGGUAAUAAGAAGUCCUGGGGUUUAUUUGGUGGAAAGUGUAAUACUCAGUAUGGGGUAAUACAUGACACUGAAUAUAUCCAGUUACCUCACAAGAUCUCCAGUAUUAGAGUCCGAAUAUAUGUGGAUUAUGAGGGCGGGCAGUUGUCUUUUUAUGAGCUGGGUGAUCCCAUCAAACACUUGCACACCUUCACUGCCAUCUUCACUCAACCACUUUAUGCUGUAUUAUGGCUCCAUGAUGGUUGUCUCAGAAUAACAGAGACUUGUCACAAUCUGUAAGACUUGAUAAUCUUGUGAAAAAUCCACCCACAGCCUGGCAGAAAAACAUAAUGUGGAACGUAAGUGCUAUGGCAUACAAUCAGUAGGAGUCUUCUUCUUCAGGAACAUGUGGCACCACUGAUGGACAUCAACAUCAUCAUUUUUUUUCAUCUUCCUUAAUAAUUGAAUCAUGAUUAUAUGUAUUAUAUUACUCUUUCCAAAUUUCUUUUGUAAAUGCACCUUACACCAGGGAAGAGGUAUGUACACAUGCCAGGUAUGGAUUUCAACAGGUAUUUGGUAUGAUUGUCAUGUGGUAUUUCACAUAAUGCCUGUGUGAAAGGGGCUGUAUUACAGUGUUUUGCAGUCACUGCAAUUAUGUUUGCAAAUUUAGUGGAGGAUUUUGCUCUUUUCAAUGAAGGGUAAGAUCUGUGGCAGACCUGCAUCAAAUAGAAAUUGUGAAUUUUGGUGUGGAUAUGCUGCAGAAACGCACAUAAAUCCACAUGACAAUUCGUGCGGAUUUUGUGUGCAGGUACCCUAAAGGUGCCACAGAUCAGCUGAUGAACGAGCAAAAUGUUUGUUCAUUGACUGAAACAAUCACUCAUGAGGACACUUCAAUGAUUGUUUUCGGGCAGCAGAUCGAGCUGUGUAAACAGCACUCUGCUUCCCAGAAACUGAUUCUGUAUAGUAAGCAGUAGCCACAGCUCAUCCUCAUACAAUGAACGUUAAACCGCAGAACUUCAUAUCCACUAAUAAACAGGCAAUUGUCGGGAAGGAUCGCUUCCAUCACGACAGUUGUGUGCUUGAUCGCUGCAUAUAAAUGCAGCAUUAGUCUCCUACCCUGUGAGUUUUAUUUACAGGGCCAUAGUUAUAUCAAGUUAAGGAAAAACUCUACAAAACCUAAGUAUUCCAACCUAACUACUUAAAAGGGUUGUCCAGAAUAUGAAAAGCAUGGCUGAUUUCCUCCAAAAACUUGCACCGAAUUUAUCACAGGGGCUCAGGCUGGAUGAUGAAUGUGGUGCAGGGAUAGCACUUUUCUCUGGCUCUAUACCAACUCUUGGUUGGCUUGCUUUGAGAGUUCAAGCCAGAAUUGUGGGGAAAUUUUGGUGCAAAAUGGUAUUUAUCUCAGGUAGUACCCCCUUUCCCACAUAGCGCCAAGAAUAGGACAUGGUGCCAUGGGACGGAAAUACGGAAAUGGACAGCACACUGUGUGCUGUCGGUAUCUUUUGCUGCUUCUGCAUCUUUUGGGUCCAAAAAUUAUGUUUUUGUGCACGAGCCCUAACACUCCUAAUAUCAGACAUUGCAUGAGACACUUCCAGACUAACUCACAGGUAAGACAAUGGUAGAAGAAAUCUAAGAGAGAAUGUCCAGCAAUAGCAUCAAUCUUGUAAACUAUAUUGAAGUGAAAAAAGUUAAAAAGGAAGGUCACAUUAAUGCUGAUGCUUUUCGGACACAAUUGGGGUAAUUUAACAAA